UACUCAACAAAUUGCUUCUCAAUUGUUAGGAAUAUCAAAAUGGGUGGCCGCAAUUUACAGCAGAAAAAGAGGAAAUCGAAGAAGCAAAAGUCCCAGAGUCGCAAACAGAAUAAUAAUCAGAAGAACAAACCCCAAUCGGAGGAGGCCAACGACUUGCUUGUGGAGAAAUGUGAAACAUCAGACAUGGAGCUAGAGGUAGUGGAGUUGUACGAAGAUUUCGUUGACUUUUACGAGGGCGAAGCACACGGGCCAAGCCAGCAGGGGGAGUUCUGCAAAGCACUGAAGGACAAGGAGCUGAUGGAGUACGAACAAACUUUCGUGGCAUUGAGGAACAUUGUCCAGGAGAUCUUUCAGUUCCGCAAGUACGAGGUAUUCAUGAUGCUGUACCCCACGCUGGCCAUGGGCUACCUGCAGAUGGUGUGGAGCGGCGAGAGCCAGCAGGCCAGGGACUACGUGGAGCGGCACAAGGACGAGCUGGACGCCUCCUACCGAAAGCGCAUCGAGAACCUGAAGCUCAUCCGCAAGCGGGAGGAUAUGCCGGGCAGGGCACUGGAGCUGCUGAGUGGCGGGAAGAAGGAGUACUUCCUGAUGGCCAGCACAACCUUCGAGCAGUUCAAGGUGAUCCAGUCGAGGCUCUGGACGAGCAAGCAGCAGGAGUGCUUCUGCGCCCACUUCCAAAUCGCCUCCUACGCCGAUUUCAUGGUGCCCCAGGAGCGGCGAAUCACGGAUCAUCCCCUGCCAGAGCCGUUCAACUGGGCUGCCGCUGUUCAAGAUCCGGACUCCACUUCGGAGCCCCUCGGGCGGAACAGGCUGCCCGCCUUGAGCAUCAACAUGGCCACGCCCGUGGACACAGAGGACGCGGUGACUUGCGCGACGCUCUCGGAGGAUCGCUGCAGCGUGGCGUUCGGCACUGGCUCUGGGAUGGUGCACGUCGUGGCCGUGCGGAAGGACUGGCGGGAGGCAAACAACCUGCGCAGGGAGAAUGUCUUUCAGGCCCACCAGCAGUGGGUGAUGGCCUGCGCCUUCUCCCCUGGGGACCGGCAUCUGCUCACCUCAUCGGCGGAUAAAACGAUGCGGCUGUGGUGCACCCGGAGCGGCCUCUGCAAGAUUGUGUAUACCACGGGCCAGGUGCCACAUACGGCCAGCUGUGUGGCGUUCGCCCCGCGGGGCUGCUACUUCGCCACCGCCUCGGAGGACGCGGUGGUGCGCGUGUGGAGGGAGGACGUGGAGCAUCCCAUCAUCAGUUUGUUCGGCCACUUGGCCAAACUGCUGGUGUGUCGCUUCCACCCGAGUGGCAACUACUUGGCCACAGGAUCGGCAGACGCCACGGUGCGCAUCUGGGACUACCGAAACCACGCCCAGAUGCGCCUUUUCCGCGGCCACAAGGCCCCAGUCAGUGCCCUCGUGUACUCCAACUGCGGACGCUACCUGGUCUCUGGGGGCAGCGACGACCUCGUCAUUGUGUGGGACACGAGCGACGCGCGGAUGCUCCGCUGCCUCUGCCAGCACGAGGCACUGUCCAUUGCCUCCAUUGACAUUUCGUACUGCAACAAUCUGCUGGCUGUGUGGAGCCAGGAGGGCCAGCUCACCCUCUGGACUUUUCAACUGCUCAUGCGGUACUCGUCCAUGGAGAACAGGUCCUCUGCCCAGAGCAAGGACAUCAAUGGGAAGCUGUUGAUUCGCACAGUGAAAGCCCCCGAGGCUGUGAUUUGGCUUCAGAGUGGAUUCUUCGGUCGGGAUGGCCUCGUGGCCAUCUGCACUGAAAACUACAAGAAGGCGCCGGAGGUCCUGGCUUCGAUUGUGAAGCAAAUUGAAAACUUACAACUGGAAACCAAGUCGGAGGCAGAGAUAAAUGAGAUCAUGAAGUCCAUGCUGGAUGAGAUCCUCAGUUACGAAGUUGGCAUCACAGCCGAAGGAAGAUCUGGAAUUCAUUAA